AUGUCUGGCGUCUGGGGCUGGUUUGGCGGCGGCGGUGGCGCCAAGAAGAAGAACGAUGCCAAAGAUGCGAUCCUCGGCCUGCGAGUCCAGCUCGAUAUGCUGCAAAAGAGAGAGAAACACUUGCAAAACUUGAUGGACGAACAAGAUGCUAUCGCAAGGAAGAAUGUGAACACAAACAAGAACGCCGCAAAGGCUGCCCUGCGCCGCAAGAAGGGCCACGAGCACAGCCUGGAGCAAACAGUUUCCCAAAUCACGACACUUGAGUCCCAAAUCAACGCUAUCGAGUCUGCGAACAUCAACCGCGAGACACUGCUCGCUAUGGAGAAGGCUGGCCAAGCUAUGAAGGGAAUUCACGGCAAGCUCACGGUCGAAAAGGUGGACCAGACCAUGGAGGACCUUCGAGAACAGAACGCACUCAGCGAAGAAAUUGUCAACGCUAUCACAACGGGACAAACGGACGCCAUCGACGACGUGGACUUGGAGGACGAGUUGGAGCAGAUGCAGCAGGAGCAGUUGGACGAGCAGAUGAUCAGCACCGGCUCGGUUCCCGUAUCGGAUGCUGUGCACCGCAUGCCCGCUCCGGCAAACGGAGAACUCAAAGGCAAGACGCCCGUCGCUGUCGAGGAGGACGACGAGGAGGCAGAGCUCCGCAAGCUGCAGGCGGAGAUGGCCAUGUAA